UUUUUUUUUUGUCAGCUGCCUGUUAUAUCAAUCACGGAGCUGGGAUCUAUUUAUAGGUUGGGACUCGGAGUACUGUGUCCUAGUCACAAAGAGAGGCAGAGACGCAGAAGGGACUGUCGGUUGGUGCGGGUGGAACCAAAAGAUAUUUAAUCAGCAAUUAGAAACACCUGAGGGCAAGGGAAAUUCUACUCCAGCCCUGUGCUUCAUCUCUCAACCUGCAGCAUAAUCUGAGUUCUCAAGCUCUUUAAAGGCUGGAAGAAAUAGCUGAGUGUCUUACUGGGAAUCUUCCCUCCCUAAUGGAAUAAAACACCCAUUUGGCUAAACAUCAGUCUUUGGUUGUAGUAACACAGGUGCCCAGCAGAGUCUGAAUGUCAUGUUUGGAGGAAGUGUCAUUUGCCACUUAUUUUUCUUCAUGGAGAAAAGGGAUGUGAAUGACUGCAACUUGCAAAGGCUGCUUGGCAGGAUGUCCACAGAGGAGCGGCACCUCUCCUCCAGCUGUGGAUCUUUCAUCAAGACUGAGCCCUCCAGCCCAUCUUCUGGCAUUGAUGCCAUCAGCCACCACAGUCCCAGUGGCUCCUCUGAUGCCAGUGGUGGCUACGGCAUCACCAUGGGUGGCCACUCUAAUGGCUUGGACUCGCCACCCAUGUUCAAUGGUGCAGGGAUGGGUGGAGGGUCCUGUCGCAAGCGCUAUGACGACUGUGCCAGCGCCAUUAUGGAGGACUCUCCCACCAAGUGCGAGUACAUGCUUAAUGCCAUCCCCAAGAGGCUGUGCCUGGUGUGUGGGGACAUUGCUUCUGGAUACCACUAUGGAGUGGCUUCCUGCGAGGCGUGCAAAGCCUUCUUCAAAAGAACAAUCCAAGGGAACAUUGAAUACAGCUGCCCAGCCACCAACGAGUGUGAGAUCACAAAACGGAGGCGCAAGUCCUGUCAGGCCUGUCGCUUCAUGAAAUGCCUCAAAGUGGGGAUGCUGAAAGAAGGGGUUCGCCUGGAUCGAGUCCGUGGGGGGCGCCAGAAAUACAAGAGAAGACUGGACUCUGAGAGUAGCACUUACCUGAGCUUACAAAUACCCCCUCCAGCCAAAAAGCCAUUGACUAAGAUCGUCUCCCACUUGCUGGUGGCAGAGCCAGAGAAGAUUUAUGCCAUGCCCGAUCCUACUAUGCCGGAGAGUGAUAUCAAAGCACUGACAACCCUCUGUGACUUGGCAGACAGAGAACUGGUGGUGAUCAUUGGCUGGGCCAAGCACAUCCCGGGUUUCUCUAAUCUCUCCCUGGGGGACCAGAUGAGCCUGCUGCAGAGCGCCUGGAUGGAGAUCCUCAUCCUGGGCAUUGUGUAUCGCUCACUGCCCUACGAGGACAAGCUGGUCUACGCUGAGGAUUACAUCAUGGAUGAGGAGCACUCCCGCUUGACAGGGCUGCUAGAGCUGUACCUGGCCAUCCUGCAGCUGGUGCGCCGGUACAAGAAACUCAAGGUGGAGAAGGAGGAGUUUGUCACACUCAAGGCCCUGGCCCUUGCCAACUCAGAUUCCAUGCACAUAGAGGACAUGGAGGCAGUGCAGAAACUCCAGGACCUUCUCCAUGAAGCCCUGCAGGACUACGAGCUGAGCCAGCGCAAUGAGGAGCCACGGCGAGCGGGCAAGCUGCUGCUGACCUUGCCCCUCCUGCGGCAGACAGCCGCCAAGGCCGUGCAGCACUUCUACAGCAUCAAACUGCAGGGCAAGGUCCCCAUGCAUAAACUCUUCUUAGAAAUGCUAGAGGCAAAGGUCUGACAGCCCCAGUGCCAGCCCACAGCGGCCAGGGAACAAACUAGAACCAGACACGGAGCAAUCCAAAACAGCAGCAGCAGCCGCCGCCGGCUUUUAUCUCCAAUCAUUUAUUAUGGAAGAAUUAUUUAAUGUCUCUGUCGGCUUGGCUGCAGAAUCUCAUGUACAGAGGGGGAAACUCUUUUAAUCAGUCACUCAUGUCUCUUUUUUUGUUUUCUUGGUGGGAAACACCAGAGCACGCUCUUGCACUUGCGGAGGAGGCCAGAUGGAAGCAGUGAUGCUCUCUGCACUAUCCAGAGAUGCCUGCUCCCCAGUUCCCUCCACGAGAUCCAGAGGAGGAGGAGUGAGGAGGGAAGCAGGGAAUGAGGAAGAGUAGAGCCACUAUAAGCUUUGCUGGUGUUGGGUGGGGGGGAGGCAGAGAGAGAGCAUGAACAAGCAGAUGAGCAAGGGGCACCAUGGGUCCUGCUGCUUGUCACCUUCUGCCAGCUGACAGGACCAUGGGGCACGGGUUUCUUUAGAGAAGAGCAUUAUAGGACCUCUUCACCUCAAAAUGUCUGCCUCCUGCACUCCUCUAGCUACACCUAACACUUGUACAUAGAGGCCCCACUUCUUACUGGGAAAGUUGCUCCUAACCAUGUAAGAUAUUCUGCAACCUUGUACAGUGUGUCAUUCUGCCUGCCUGCUUCCCACCCCCACACAGUCCCCACAGGCUAGUGAAGUGGCAGGACCUGUCCCGAGAAACAAGUCUCUGUCUGCAGCGGGAACAAGCCUGACAUUCUGCUUCAGUGCUGGCAUCACCUGAUAAUCUCUGCAUCGUCUCAUAUGUGGUGCUAUUUAAACUCCUUCUGCACUUUUCACCCCAUAGUGUCUCAAGUCUGCCUCAGCUCAGAAACUAGCCCUCUGCCACUCACAUAGGUGCUUGUGCUAGAGCAUGUGGCAACUGGGCCCAAAUACAAACAUGCUUCGCCCCUCAAAAAAAAACAAACCCAAAACACCACACCUGGGCAUGCCCUCCCCCUUUCUUUGAACAUGUGACAUUUGCUUUCACACAACUCCAGGCUAGUGGAGACAAAGGGAACUGUUUGCCAGAGAAAGUGAUCUCCAUGCCUGGGAGCCUGCUGUUGGGCACCAAAUAAAAAAAACCCCAAAACAACUGAGAUGGAGGUGUUCAAACCUUAGCAACUACAUCCCAUCUACCAUAUCCCUUGCUCAGAAUUCCUGAGUCACUGCAUACUUCCUAAUGUGGGGCCAGCUCCAACAGUUUAUUCCUUUAAUGAAAUGUUGAUUGGGAGGGA